CAGCCCUGGACGAGAUACUGUGCCGCCCCCGGGGGCGCUGAUCACUCUCGCAGCAUCCAGGCCGGCGGGCGGGCCGUGCGCCCUGGGCGCGCGAGGUGGUGAGGCCCCAGGAACCCAGCGCGCCGGGAAGCGCAGGCAGGAUUGGCGAUGCACGCCCUCACCGGCUUCUCUUUGGUCAGCCUGCUCAGCUUUGGCUACCUGUCCUGGGACUGGGCCAAGCCGAACCUCGUGGCCGACGGGCCUGGAGAGGUCGGCGAGCAGCCCUCAGCUGCUCCACCCCAGCCUCCGCACAUCAUCUUCAUUCUCACCGACGACCAGGGUUACCACGACGUGGGCUACCAUGGUUCAGAUAUUGAGACCCCUACGCUGGACCGGCUGGCGGCCGAGGGGGUCAAGUUGGAAAAUUAUUAUAUCCAGCCCAUCUGCACACCUUCACGGAGCCAGCUCCUCACUGGCAGGUACCAGAUCCACACAGGACUCCAGCAUUCCAUCAUCCGCCCACGGCAGCCCAACUGCUUGCCCCUGGACCAGGUGACACUGCCCCAGAAGCUGCAGGAGGCAGGUUACUCCACCCACAUGGUGGGCAAGUGGCAUCUGGGCUUCUACCGAAAGGAGUGUUUACCCACCCGCCGAGGCUUUGACACCUUCCUGGGCUCGCUUACAGGCAAUGUGGACUACUACACCUAUGACAACUGCGAUGGCCCUGGUGUGUGUGGCUUUGACCUGCAUGAGGGGGAGAGUGUGGCCUGGGGGCUCAGCGGCCAGUAUUCCACUAUGCUCUAUGCCCAGCGUGCCAGCCACAUACUGGCCAGCCAUAGCCCCCAGCGGCCCCUCUUCCUCUAUGUGGCCUUCCAGGCAGUACACACACCCCUUCAGUCCCCUCGGGAGUACCUGUACCGCUACCGCACCAUGGGCAACGUGGCCCGGCGGAAGUACGCAGCCAUGGUGACCUGCAUGGAUGAGGCUGUGCGCAAUAUCACCUGGGCCCUCAAGCGCUAUGGUUUCUACAACAAUAGUGUCAUCAUCUUCUCUAGUGAUAAUGGUGGCCAGACUUUCUCAGGGGGCAGUAAUUGGCCUCUCCGAGGACGCAAAGGCACUUACUGGGAAGGUGGUGUGCGGGGCCUGGGCUUUGUCCACAGCCCCCUGCUCAAGCGAAAGCGACGGACAAGCCGAGCACUGGUGCACAUCACUGACUGGUACCCAACCCUGGUGGGUCUGGCAGGUGGCACCGCCUCAGCAGCUGAUGGGCUAGAUGGCUACGAUGUGUGGCCAGCCAUCAGUGAAGGCCGGGCCUCGCCACGCACGGAGAUCCUGCACAACAUUGACCCACUCUACAACCAUGCCCGGCAUGGAUCCCUGGAGGGCGGCUUUGGCAUCUGGAACACUGCUGUGCAGGCUGCCAUCCGUGUUGGCGAGUGGAAGCUGCUGACAGGAGACCCUGGCUAUGGAGACUGGAUCCCACCACAGACUCUGGCUGCCUUCCCUGGCAGCUGGUGGAACCUGGAGCGAAUGGCCAGUGUCCGCCAGGCUGUAUGGCUCUUCAACAUCAGUGCUGACCCUUAUGAACGGGAGGAUCUGGCUGGCCAGAGGCCUGAUGUGGUCCGUACCCUGCUAGCCCGCCUGGCUGACUAUAACCGCACAGCCAUCCCCGUGCGCUACCCAGCUGAGAAUCCCCGGGCCCAUCCUGACUUUAAUGGGGGUGCUUGGGGGCCCUGGGCCAGUGACGAGGAAGAAGGGGAAGAGGAAGAAGAAGAAGGCAGGGCUCGAAGCUUUUCCCGGGGUCGCCGCAAGAAAAAAUGCAAGAUUUGCAAGCUUCGAUCCUUUUUCCGUAAACUCAACACUAGGCUGAUGUCCCACCGGAUCUGAUGUGGGGGGAGGGAAUCUCUGUCCCCUACAUGUUUUUCCCCACU